AGCUCUACACCUACAGUUUCUUUCAAAGGAAAUCUCUUUAGCCUAGAGCGUUAGAUUGGAGAUUUUGUGACAGAUUCGAUAUUGAAAUUCAAUUAAGCUAGCCUGAGAAUCACUGAACAUGGAUUUGGUGCGUCUAGUGUUUUGCUAUAUGGGUUGUUUUGUUUGUGUGUUUUGGGUAAUUCUGUAUGGUUUAUUUUGCUAUGAACAUUGAACAACGUGGUUAUGAGUUGAUUUGGUUGCUGAGUUUACGAAAGUUGUCUACUUGAGCAAGCUUGCAUUUUUCCUGGGUACUUUCAAUAAUGGGAUGACUCGACAGAGCUCAACGGAUUCAUGUAGCCAUUUCCAAGUGAUGGGACUUGAGGCGAUUUGGUUUGGUUUAUUUUACUCGUAAGAACUAAGAACAACCUGUAAGGCGAUACUUCAUAUAAUGAAGUUUUUCUUCGUGGGGAGCGGGGAAGAGUUUGAUCCAGUAUGAUGUUGUUUUCCACCUGAGUAAACGUAAUUUAGGUAUUCUCGUCUCGUGACCAUCAGAUUUGACAAGUCAUAUUUUGGGGGUACUUGUUGGCUGUAAUUAGGAUCUUUUCAGCCUUUUUAUCAUUUUCAGAAACGAAGUUUUCAGCCUGCAAUUGUGGCUUCCUGAUUGGAACCCCACUAUGUAAAUUGAGGAGAAAAAUAUUAAGAUAGGAUACUUGCCUCUUAGUUUUGGAGAAGAAUGACUUGUGUCAUUGUGCUGAAUAAUUGGGAAACAGUUAAGCAAUUCUGGUUGUUUGUCUUUUACAGCAAGAUGAAAGGCUGUCAGACCACCUUCAUAUGUGAAGAGAUAUGUUUUGCGGACUCCUCUACUUGUCUGAAGUACCCAUGUCCGACACUCGUCCCUUGGGCAAGGGUACGGGAUUCGUAUCAGGCAUUUACAGUCACGUACUCACCUCAAAAAAUUAAGUAAUCUAUGCUUACAAUACAUGUGCACAUAGAACUCUAUAACUAUGCUUGAAUUGCUCUAUGACACCUUAUGGCGUCAUUCUAUACUUCAAAUCAAAGAAGUAAAUUGAUAACCACGUGUAUGUUGCUAGUGCAAGGACUUGGUGCCCAUCACCUAAGCUUAUAGGAUUCCCUUCCCCUUGCGACUCAGUUGGCCUUACAUUUUUAGCUUUCCACUAGACAGCUUCGUUUGUACCUCCAUGUUCCAUAUUUGUGAACUUUUGAGUCAGUUUCGGAGUGAACUGGUUUGCUCCUGCCGACAACAUCUAGAGAGAGAGAGAGAGGACACCGUCACCGUUCGACGCUGCUGCUGGCGGCGCAGAUAGAAAGAAGAACCUCAUUCCUUCACAUCUCCCACAAGGAAAUCUUUCAUGGUUCUCGCCUUAGAUUUGCGGGAUUUUCUUCUCCGUGCUCAAGUGCUGAAGCUGUAUAGACAAGCUCUGAGGAUUGCCAGAAGAGCCCCGGGCCAUGCUAGAGCUGAUCUGAUGCACAUGAUUAGACAAGAGAUGGAGAACAACCGGAAUUGCAGUGACAAGCAGAGGAUUCGUUUCUUGAUAAGCGAGGGAAAGGGAAAAUUGAAAGGUUUGGAUGAGAUGCUCGAUAUGCAGGGUCAUUGAUUGUGUAGUUGUUUGUUUACUUGGAAUUUAUAGGGAACUUUCUUGUGUCUGAAAGAAAGUGUAAGAUUUUUUUGAAUGGUAAUGAUAAUGUUACUGUAUCAAACUUGUUUCCAAUACAUAUAGGGAAAUUUCCCCUUGUCUGAAA